UUGGUGUGGGGGCGGGGAGUAAUAUUGGAUGUCACUGGUAACUGUCUAAGGGGUCUUUGCUGAAUGGGUUGGUUGAACACUAUUUUGGAUACGAAAAGGUGGACAGUACCUUCACGGCGAGUUUUGUGUUUGGCUAUUUCGUUAGGAAUUUAUUUUGUGGUCGGUUGUCCUGUGUGGACGUAAUAGGGGAAGAAGAGUCUUUGGUUGCUGUGUACAGCUUUAGGCCCGUCUGGCACGUGCGGCUGUGUUGCCCCAGUAAGGGCAUUCGAGGGGCCACUAUACUUUUUCGAGUUUUCGUGUCAGGCAGUGAAGUGGAUUUAAUUGCGUGGUAUUUUCAGGAGAAGUCAAUCUUGCCUUUGAAUAACUCUUGGCUGGCAGGUAUCCUGAUGGUCAGGAUGGUGUUCUGGUAAAGCACUUGUAGUAUCUGGAGCAGGUGACCGCCAUAAAGCUGAAGAACUUAAAGUAGACAUAUGUCUGGUCAAUUCUGUGGUCAAAGAGGAUUUUGGCAGCUGGUGAGACGGAGUGCACAAUGCAAAUCAGACUGAUUCUGCCACCAUUUUACGUGUUCCUUCAGCAGCAGGAAGUAGUUCGUAUAUCCCUGUAGUGCAGCUCCUACAUCUCAAUGCCAGGCUUGAUUCAAGCAUCUAACUGCAUUGCAACAUAAACAGCUGAAAGUCAUUUAAGUUUGGUAGGAUGUUUUAAUGAAAAUGUCUUUGAGAAGAGCAGAAUAAUUACCUCUAAGAGGUCAGAAGGCAGCUCGAAUUUAUAGAGAAACUUCCCUUGUGCAGUGGUAAUUGGAUUGAAGGAUAAAGUUGCAGAUGUCUUUCCAGCGUGUGUUCUUGCUGCUGGGUGUUCCAACUUUGUUUGGGUCUUUUCUUUCCAAAUAAGUGUUACUUGUCAGUGCCAGUCCUCUGAAUACGUUUCAUGUGCCUCAUGUCAGCGGUACCUUCAUGGCUCAGAUACCAACUGUUGCACUACACUUGAACCUUUCAGAAGAAAGAUUAGUUGGGUUAUUUAGGUGUGGUGAUCCAUUCCAAAGCAGCAACAUUUUGCCAAGUGUUUACAGCUGGUCAGAAAAAUGACAGAAAUGGAGGUUGUGAAAGUUAAUGUAAAUGUAAUAUAAAUGAAAUCUGAUCAUUUCUUUACCACAUAUUGACAUCACUCCAGUGAUAUCUUUGCUUGCUUUGUUCUAUCAUAGCAGUACACCAAAAAUUUACGUUUUUAUUAUGAACAGCAGAGAGGAAGCUGAAGUAAGUUGUGAGCAAUGUGAUAUAGAAACCGUGUGUUCGUGUGAGCACAGCACUGUUGGUAAACACAAUGAGGGCAGACCUUCUCAGUCCAAGGAAGUGGAAACUGUUGCAAAACCAGAAGCCCAAGAGGUGAGCAUAGAUCAGGAUGAAACAGUCCGCUUAGACCGUCAUCAUUCUUUUCUUACAAACAGCGAGUCCUUUCAAAGAAAACAUGAGGGUUUAAACUUCAAAGAUGCACUGCCUUCAGGUAAAAAUGGAGCUGGUCCUGUAGGUCAAAAUCCAAUGUGUGCACAUGUCAGUGUUGCUGAGGACCAGAGCUCUUUCGACAGACUUUCAGAAAAUUCCCCCCAAAAUGCAAGUGACUGCAUUGGACCAAAUGCACAAUGCAGACACUUGCUUCCAGAACCAUCUUUAGUUCACACCACUGAAAGCUGUACAGAGCCGGCAAAAGACCAGACAGAGAACACCAAAAUGAGUAGUCCUGGAAAAGGCAAAAUAUGUCCCAAUGAUGAAACAUGCUUAUUGUCCACAUCCAAAGGCCUACUUUCCAGUUUCAACUAUGGUAAAUCUUUAAAUGCAUGUAGCUUUGUACUUGCAAAUGAUGAAAAAGCAGAUGGCACAGGUGUAAGUUAUUCAGGUGGUCUGAGUGAUGCUUGCAGACAGCAGGAGAAAGAGACACAUGCUUUGUCAGGGAGGACACCUUGCUUAGACUGUGAAAGUAAUUGUGAUGGAGCUGCAGUUGGUCAACCUGUCAAUGGCUGUACUGCACCCAUCUCACCUAGGAGUCCGCCUACACAUAAUAAAACACUUGAGUUUUGCAACACUAAUGCAAGUUAUUGUCUUGGACAAUAUGACCUUCAUCCAUACCGGUCAAGUCCUGGUUUUGUUGCCUCUACACUGAACUCUGGUCGGGAGGAAGUAGAAGAUAUAGAAAUUGAUGAAAGCGAUGGACCUGGGAUAGUACAUUCAUCAGCAAGCUGCAAAGAUAUUUCCUGUAAAGAUGAAAAUCCAAACUGUAGUUUUGGUGGUGAUGGCAGCAGUACAACAAAAUCCUUGCAUCAGCCAGCGAAUAAUGGCUUAAAAAUGGAGCCACCUACAGUUCCAUUGGAAGUAGAUUGCCCAGAAACGCAAGCCAGAGAUAAUUGCCCAGAUACCACUAAAAGCUGUGAAGGAUGUCCAAGCUUUCCUGAGGUCAUAAGCAUUGGAGAUGAUGCCUUACUAAAAGUAAAACAAAACACAGAGAUCUGUGCAGUAGAAUUGGCAAGUGACCUUGAAACCAGAGACAUGGAUAUUCAGACUACAGCCUGUACUGAAGGGCAGUAUUCAUUCCUCAGUACGGGAAGCUGUGAUGGCUGCCAUCUUCAGGAGUCCCUCUCAGAUUGCAAAUUACCAUCACUUGUUGCCCACCGUGUUGGUGGAGAUUCUGGAACAGAAGAGCACAGUAUGGACUACACCAAGGAAGAAAUGAAUAGCCUGGUUCCAGCAGAGUUGAAGCAGAAAGGCAGCACUGAGCAGUGUACAUCAGAUAUAAACUGUUCUCCUGUAGGUAAUGCUCUGUGCUCCCAACAUGUCACAUUACAGGCUGAUCAGCCAGUCUGUGUUGGUGAUGAAACAAAACGAUCCAUAAACAAGGAGAAAGAAGGAGCUUCUGUUAAUACUGAAUGUUUAGAAAGGUGCACUAAAAGCUUCUGCUCCAGUGGUAUCGACCCAAGUGAAGAGAAGCCUCAUUCUGAACCAUUGCUAGGCUCUAGUUUGUCAUUGCAAAUGGAGCAAAACUUUGUAUGCGAUUAUGAUGUGGCAUGGCAGAAAACGGACAUUAAAAUGGUCAUAGUGGACAAAAGUCGCACAGAGUCUGACAGUGUUGAAAGCCGUUGUGAUGGCAUGUAUGAAAGAAACAUGGACUGUGCUGAUACUGCCAAGUGUGAAGGUGCAAAUGUCCGUAUUUGGCAGCAGACUUUUCUAACUGGAGAUGUUAAUUCACAAACUAAUAGCAUCAUAGAAGGGGAAGGUGAGAUGACAUCUCAGGAUGUGGUUCUUGGUAGGUCGCCUGGUGGAGACCUCCUGUCCACUGACAUGAAGCAGGAGGAAGCACAGAAGCCUUGUUCUUUUGACUUUCAGAGCACAAAUAACCAUAUCAUGUUGCACAACAGUGUAGUGGCAGAGAGCUUGCCGAAAGUAAAACCAGAAGAUAUGGAAACUGAUAGGCAGGGGGGAGUGAUACAGUCUCUGACUGAGAAUAAUAACACUUCAGAGAUGGCAGGCAAGCUCCUCCUCCUACAUGCAGAAGCACAGAGCCGAGGGGUUACUGCAAACAACCCCACCCACACUAUUGACAAAUUAGGUCACUCCAUUGAUGAGCAAUGCAAAGGAACAGAUCAUAUUUCUUCUCAACUGAACAUCCGUCUUGGCACUUUUUCAGGAGCACAGGUUUGUAAAAUGGAGGAUAACAAAGAUGUGCAGAAGACAGUUUUGUCAAAUAUACCUAGUAAAGAGGGUUGCACUAGUAAUGCUCAUCAGUGUGAAGAAAAGUCUGACUUUUUUGCUAGUGAUACAGAAAACAUUUCACUGAUAACUGGUCAGCAAUUAAACAGUUCAACUGAAGAACAGCCACCCAAUGUAAAAAUGAAGUCUGUAUUUAGAGUCCUGAAAGAUGAUGCUGUGCUUUGUGGUACUACUGGCCAGGGUUUGGAAGAUGGAGACUUUCCCCUUGAGUCAGGUACAGACAUGGCACUGCAUAGUAGGCACCAGACAGAAGAACAUCAUGUGGACUUAACAGCAGUUCCUGAGAGUGCAGCUCCUCAUGUUAAUACACACCAGUGUGACAGUUCAUGUGUUUUCCCUUUGGAGUCCAAGGAAUGCUUUAGUUACCCCCUUCCCUUGCAUACUGAAAGCCUUCCAGGCAGUCUUUUAGGACUUCAGAAGGUAAUAUGUAUCGAAAAAGUGCAUGCUGUGGAAACGUCCCUAGGUAACCGUAACCAGGGAGGAAGAACAUCUGAGUAUUUCUAUAAUAGUCAGUGUAUUGAUGCUAACAUUUCUUUGUACGUUAACAAGCAGCCAGGAAGCACAAGUCUACAAAUGAGUGAAAAGGCUGCAGGUAUGGAGUACAGAAAAAGUGAUAAAGCUUACCAGACUACAGAAGUUCCUGAUGUCAGUGGCAAAGCAGAAGUGCACGGUUUGUCUGAAAGUGAUUCAUUUGUAGAAUGCAGUAUGCCAAAUAUAAAUGAACAGUGUGCACAAUGUGUUUCAGAAGUAAAAAAGAUGGAAGCACAAAUGCAGAAGGUGGGCUUGCAGAGUAUGAUGUGUCCACACGUAGUUGAUGGAAGUCUUUUGGGUAUUAAGGCCACAAGUGACAUUACUUCAAUGCAUUCUUGUCACCAGCUACAAAAUAGUUCAGAAAAAGAUAUACAUGCAACUAAUGCCAGUGAAGAUGAGGUUGAUGCUGUUUACAUAAUUCCCAAAUCACAUGAUGCAGGUGUUGGUCCCUGUAACAUUGGCCAGUCUGAUUCCCUUACUUCUGAAAAUUGCAACUGUCUAGCAAACCAUUUACUUGAUGCAGAGCAGCAGAACCUGAAGCUGAAGGCAACUGUGCAGAAUGUUUCUGAACUGGCUAAGAAUGCUGCCAGCAUGGAUAAUGACCAGCAAGUUAAGUUAGUAGCCAAAGCUGCAGAUCUGUCCGACAGAAGUGUUUCACUGCAGAUUAAUCACCAACCAGCUGAAGGUGAUUCAGAAACUGAAGCCAAAUCAACUUGUGCAGUACUGAGUGAGGCGGUAUAUCAGAAUACGCAGAUUCCUGAAGUGCAGACAGUCUGUAGUGAUGGCCCCAGUAAUGCUAAACAGUGUCAGGAAAAAACAGAGACACUCUCUCCUCAUGGUAGUGGAAGGUACAGUUUUGCAGAGUGGGUUGUACAACCAGACAGUCCUGGAUGCAAACCAGAGCAAGUAACACCCAUGGUGGUAGAUAAUGAUUGCCAGAGCACAGUAGAGCAGGUUUUACCAAGUAAAGACGUUUACGCAAGUAACAGCAGUCACUCUGAAGAGAGUCCGAGCAUCCUUCCUGAGCACUUUAAAUUUACAGAUUGCACUGACUCAUUGCAGACUGACCAGUUUAGUAGCAACGUCUUGAAAACAGAGUUUGAAGAGAGGGAAACCAAUCAUGUAGUUACUGUGAUUGCAGAGCUUGGAGUUCAGGGUAGUCUGAGUGUAUCCACCAUCACCUCUGACUGUGAAGCUACAGCUGGGUGUUCCUCUUUAAAGCUACCAUUAAACAGUGCUUUAAAAGGAGAAGAUGCGACAACAGUAAAGGAGAGAGACUUGCAUGAUGCAGACAGUUCAGACAUGCAAAAGGGUUAUUUCCCUGUUAACUGUAACUGUAUACAAAAAGCAGGUUUUUGCACAGUUAACGACUACCCACUUGAUAGCUUUUCUGUUCCAGAUGGCCAGCACUCUGUAGAGACAAGAGUUGAUGAAGGUAAGAGUGAUGUAAACAUUGCACCUGGUCCCAAAGUACGACCUAAAGAUGUCUGCUCAAAUAAAAUCACUCAUCAGGAGUUAAACAUAGAGUACUCUUCUAAGGACUGUGGCACUGUAGUUUGUAUAGCAUCCUUAAAGACUCUGCAAGCAGUUUGUCAGCUUCACCGAGAAAGUUCAUCUGUGUUUCCUGAAGGUCAGACUGUUGAAGGUGGUCAUGCUGGUUCACAGCACUGUGGUAGAGAUCUUAAAGGAGAUGACCAGAGUUCUUGUUUGUCUAAUCCUAAUGAUGUAUGCCCCUCUAACAUCAUUCAUACUAAAGGGGAAUUCAAGUCUCUCCAGUCUUCUGUGCAGAUGGAUUAUGAAGGCUCACAGCUGCAUGAACAAAAAAUGGUCACUAGUCCAGGUAGUAAAAAGGAGCUUUUAGUCACUGAGGUCUGUAACGUGAACUCGCAGAAAGCAUCAUGCGAAGAAAAAGUUUGCUUUAAUAGAGUCGAAAUUUCCACGCAGAACUACCCACACUAUAAAACUGCAGUACUGUGUGACCAACAGGUAGUUCAUUCUUCCAAAAUACAAAAACAAAUUGAGAUGGAAACUGAUAGGUCAGCUGUAGAGGGUGAGAUUACAUCAGGGGUACUGAAGCAAGGGAGUGAUAUUACUUCAGGGGUACUGAAGCAAGAGAGGUCUUUAAUUUCAGCAUCUCAGUGUGGAGUAGAGGAAAAGUGCUAUUCUGAUGAAAGCAAAUGCUCUGAAUCCUUAAUGGAUACGGAAACAGAUGCAGAUUUGCCAAGUCUUGAAGCACAUUUGGGAAACAUCUGUAAUAGUGAUGCUGGACAAACUGAACAAAAAAGGUCACCAUUGUGUACUAACCACCAUUCAGCAUCUGGUGAUGUAAAAACUGUGCAAACGCACACACAAAUAAAUCAGGUGAGUUUCAAGGACUCUGUACUGCCAGAAGCAGAAGGAAGUAGUGUUUACCCUAUAAGCAUUUUACAGUACAAAGGAAGAUUAGAUUGUUCUGGUGACUCGAGUAACUGUCAAGAUUUCUUGGUCUCAUUUCUUGUUAAUGAGAUGACUGCUGAUAGUUGCCUAAAACAUGAACCAGAAAUGAAGCUGAAAGAGAAACCUGUGUCGUGUCAUAUUCCACUUGAUACCAGCAAAUGUGAGGAUGUGGCAGGCUGUCCUUUUGCUGUGGAAAGUAGAUGCCAGGAUCACAGUACAUUACUUACAAAUUGGCGACUAGAUAGUGGUAGUGAAAACUUGAAAGAGUUGUCUGUAUGUCUCACAGAGGAAAAAGUUUUCGAGAGUACAAAACCUAAAGAGGUUUCGGGUAGACAUUUGUAUUUCUGCAGCCCCAGCCAGGUGAAUAAAGUAGAAUGCCUUGUCAUUGGAGAAACAAAUCCCAGUACUGCACAACAGAUAAAGGAACAAGCAGGAUGUAGUUUAGGAAUAGCAAAGAAAGGUACAGAAACAGAGCUACAUAAAGCAGAAUUGCAGAACUUAGUGGUUCCAGAUCUCUGUAUUGAAAAAGUGUCUUUUAGCCACGGCACAUUUUCUAAAAUGCCUGCUGAUCUCCCUCUGGGUAAAGUUGAGGGUUGCUCCAUUUCAUUGGCCAAAACUACCUUCUGUUCUGAAAUGCAAGAAAACACAGCAAAUGUAGAUAAAGCAUGCAUGGAGAGUGCUUGCAUUUGUGAUAAGUAUGACCAGUCAGUACAUCUUUCUGCACCAGAAAAUGGAGUGCACAAUAUUCAUAGCAACUUGAAAUCUUCAGGUCCUAGUACCUUAAACACAACCCUAUAUGAAGGUUUUGAAGAUCAAAAAUCUUUUAAACUGGGAAUACUGGCAACAAAUGAGUUUGGUGUGGAUUCUGUAGCCAUGUCUGAGACAGUGGGAAAAAUGGAACCCAGCCAUAAAGAAAAUAUAAGAGAGUCAUACGACAGCUUCACUGUACCUCUAGAAGAGUGUACAGAACUAAAACCUGUUAAUGAGAGACAGAGUACACUUUCUAGUUGUGUUGUUGUGAAGGAUACUACAUUGGUUGAGACAGCCUUUCAGGGACCAUUAACUAUUGCUAAGGUUCCAGAAGAAAAUAGGGGGCUGGACAUGUUCCUUUUAUGCGAUUCAAUAAAAGUGACUGCAGCCGAACAGCUGGCCUCCAAAUCUAGUCUGCAUCUCCAACUGAAGAAAGCAGAGGCGGAAAGUAGCUUUGAGAAGGAGCUGAGGGGACCAAGUAGUACAGGACUAAUCUCAGGAAUGGGAGUGUGUUGUACCGAAUCCCUCAGACGUGAAGCUGUUGAAGUAGCAGAAUGUGAAACUGAACAGAGAGAGAAUUUCUUAGUGGUGUUCCCUACAAUUAGUGCAACUCCAGAGAGAAGAAUUGCAGACGAUGAAAAAACGGGCCGAGAAAGUAACCCACUGCUAGCUGAAAAACAUCAUUUAGCAAGCAAGUUGGUGACCAAGAAAAACUUAGAAAAUGUGCGCAGAACUGAUUCCCAGUCGGGUAUAGCUAGUUACAUAAGCAAUGAUAGUGAGAGCGCAAGACCACUUUACAGUGAUGCUAUGUAUGGUCAUUCAGCUGUCCGAAAAAAGAUGAGACAUUCUGGGGACAUUCUUAAUGCUGAUAGAUACCCAGGAGACGAAGUGUCAUGUGCAAAGCCAUUACAAGUUUUUGAAAGUAUAGAGUGUGGUGCAGUUAAUGCAUCAAAUAACAAGAUGGAUGCUACAGCACCACCUAGUGCUCAGGAGGCUUCACGUUACUGCCAGCAGCAAAUGUCAGUGGUGGCUCCUCCGCACUCCAAAGUGGACUGCAGAAGGCCCUUUCGUAGCACUUUGGAAAACAAAGCUUCCCUGUCUGAGGGCAUCAGAUUUAAAACUGUGAUUCCAGACAGCUUAAAGGAUAGUCCAGCUUCUGUUCAGGGUCAGUGUGUUGAGACAAGCAUGCAUGUAAGGCACAGAUGUUCAGAAGAUUUGGUAGACACAGAGAAUAAUGUAAAAAACUGUGUAGGUUGUGAAGCCAUGUUACUACAUUCUGAAGAUGAUAGAGGUCAUUGUGCAAAGACUGAAGCCUGUGUUGAUCAGGAAGGCCAGGGUGUCACUUUAAUUCCCAAGUGCUGUAUUUUUAGCUGUACACCGCAAAAGGCUUUCAAAGAGUCCAUGUUUAAAGGCAGCAGGACAGAAGGCGCCUACUCAUCUCUGAAUGAUUUUACUAUAUCCAGCAUUUCAGAAAAUGCAGAAGCCAACAUGAUAAAUCCUUCAAGCGUGGAGGAUAGUAAAUGUUCCAGUGGAAAGGACACACUUUGCACUUUACAAAAACAAGAGAAGCCAAAGAUUUUCAGGCGGCGCAGUAAAACUAGAAGAAGUGUAAUUAUUUCUGGUAACAGUCAUCUAUCAGUGAGUAUGGGAUCUAGCUUUGAAUUGUUAGCCCCUGCUGAGGAGGAGACUGGUGUGUCUUUGGAUCCUCAGCAUUCUGAGCUGCAGCUGAAUUGCAUUAAUUCAGCUGGUAAUACUGCUUGUGCGUUUAAUAUUGGUCACUCUUUAGUUUCAUUACCUUCACGGGUGCAGCCUUCAAGGAGGUGCAAAAAGACUCCAGUAUUUGAAACACCCCAACGUUUAAAAAAAUUAAAAUGCAGAAACUCUGAUGUGUUCGUAGAGAGUUGUUCUGUAUCGCUUUCCUUGGAAAAACAGCUUCUCAAAAGUGAAAGCUUGUCUCAUUUGGAAGGAGUAGUAACGUAUGAUAUGCCUGUUGUAGCAGAACCAAUUCCAGUGGCACCUGCUGCCAAACAAGCGGAGGUGAACUUGGCUAGCUGUUCGGGACUAUGGAAAUCGACCAAAGAACCACUGCUUCUGAGGAGAUUGUCUGUUGUGGCCAGAAGACUUGCAUCAAGCAUAAAUGUAAAACACGGCUGCCCUUUAAACCGUAGUGCAGAAAUGAAGCUAGCAGCUCCUAAAAUACGUAAUCGGUUUAGAAGUAAAUUGAUGGACUUUUUUCCUUCUGUAAAUGGAUGGUCAAAGUUGCACAGAAACUGUUUCCAGGAGACCUUUCGAACCAACUUUCAAAGCCCAAAGCGUGAACACUUCACACGUACUUUUGCUAGAACAUCCACAAGUGGACCUGUUGUUCAUAUACAGGAACAUAAAUAUCAGACAUUUACCACACCCAAAUUUCCGGCAUGUGUCCUUGUAAAAUUUAAAUAUCUACCGGUGCCAGGUUGUAAUGGAGUCUUGCAGCAUUGCGAGACAUCAGAUAAAUUGACAUUGCAAGCAGCAUCUGUUAAAGCAGGCUCAUCUAACUGGACUUUCUCUGUCUUUUUGCCUCAGAGUUCCCUAGAUGUUGACCAGCACAAUAAUUUUUUCUUAAAUAAGUUGCAGUUUUGCCCGGAAUCACUAAAAUCACUUGAAACAGUGUGCAGCAGCCAACUGAGUAAAGACAGUAGUAGGAAGAGCAUAUCUAGAAGUCUGUCUAGUCUUGGGCUAAAUACUGUUCUAGCUCUUUCCUCACCAGGGUGUUACAGACUGUGGACGCGAAGAAGGAAUGUACCGAGUAACAUUCCAGCCAUCCAGAAACUGUUCUUGGAGCAGUUUAUUGGGGUUAAAGGGUUAAGUUGCCAAUCAUUUCUGGCAGAGAGACUGUUCACAUCGUUGCCUUUUUCUUUGGCUAGGAUAAUGUCCAUUUGGAGCCAGCAUGGACCACCUGUGUUCUCAGCAGAUUUUGGAGAGGUACAACUGAAAAGCAUUGGCUGGUUUCCGGCUUUGGAUACUUGUCACAGUCCUUCGUCACAGCUGACUUGCAGUGGAAUUCCAGAACCGUGUCCAGUUUUGUCAGAGGUGCCUGUGUGUGUAACAGAACCUUCAUCUACAGAGCUUCCAGGUUGUUCACUUCCUGUGCUGAAUGUAUCCCGAAUCCUGCAUUCUGAAGCUCCAGUGACUGUUGAAGUAAAGGAGGAACAUGCUCUAGAUGAAGACAAAGUGAAGAAGACUACAAAGAAAGUGUCUCAGAUCAAAAUUCGAAAAGCUGUUCCUAAACCAGACCCUAAUCUCACCCCUAUGGGGUUGCCAAAACCAAAGAGAGUAACAAAGAAAGAAUUCAGUUUGGAAGAAAUUUACACCAACAAGAACUACAAAGGUCCACCAGCAAACAGGUGCCUUGAGACCAUCUUUGAGGAGCCUAAAGAGAAGAAUGGCUCUUUGAUCUGCAUAAGCCAUCAGAAGAGAAAAAGAGUUCUGGACUUCCAAGAUUUUACUGUACCAAGGAAGAGAAGGGCUCGCUCUGGUGUAAAAAUGACAAUAGGCAGAACACGAGGACAGAAACAAGUCCAGGAUAACGUGGGUAUGGACAUCCUUCUCAUCCAGAAACUUACAGACCUUGAGAACUUUUUUGCAGACGAGGAAGCAGGAUAGAGCCGAGAUGCUUCUGGCACUUUCUGCACAACAGAAGCAGUAAGAAGAGCUGUGUGUUAUACAAUGGGUCCAGUACUCCAGAGCUGUGGAUCUGUAGUACAUCCAAGCUACAUGACUGCAUCCUCUUUGCACAAACAUGGCUGGUGCUGUUUAACCUCCAUCCUUUGUCAGUGGCCUUCAUUUCUUUAACACUGAAUACCUGCUGUGUUUCAGGAUCUGUUGGUCUUCCUUCAGUUAGGAUGGUGCCGAAUGAUCUCAGAGCAGUGGCUUUCCAUGAUUGCCUGUGAAUUUGCACAUCUGUAUAUGUAUAAGCUUACAGCAGCUGGUACAGUUCUGCAAUGGCUUGGUUUAUUCCACCCUUCUGAAACUGACCUCAGUUUUAUCAAAAGGUUUUGGGCCACCUCUGUCCAAAACGUGGCCUGCUGAACCUGUACCUUGAGCAGCUUUUUUUUUUUUUUUUUUGCCAGUGAAUAUGUUGCACUUAUGUACAGAACAAUUUUGUAUAUAUGUAUAAUAUAGUCUAUUUUUGUGUUUCAUUUUGUUGAAGUCUUAGCUCAGGUGUUUUAUGUGCAAGACUGUUCAAGCAGGAAGUGUUUUGAAAGUGAGUGGAGUAGCCUUUAGGGGUGGGAUCGUAAUAGACUGCUUUUUUGUAUGGCAGUCCCAUGUGCAUUUCAGUUCUAGGAAAGAAGGGGUUUAAUCUCUGCCUCAAGUUUGACAUUUCCUUGUAAGAACAUCAUCCCAUCCAUCUCCCAAACAGAGGAAAACAAUUGUCAGAGUCAUAUAUCCAGUCUAUGGAGAUAGCAUGCAGUGGCGGUCUGUUCGCUUAUAUUAGGAUGUAUGUUGUUAUAAUGUCUCUUAAUUUCAGACAUUACGAUUUGUAGCAUCUGUGAAAAUAUUGAGGGAUAUAAUGCUGCCAGGUGGUGAAGUGGUUAUCCCUUAAGCCUGAGGUAGAUUAAUGUUGCCUUUUAACAUUUGCACUAUUCUCAUUAUGAAGCUUCAGAAUAACUUUUUUGUUGGAGAUGCUGUAAAAACUUGAACAGAAGCUUUGCAGGAAUAUUUGAACCACGGGAAGGCAGCAUCUUUGAAUGCAGAAUGCUGAUGAGAGAGUCGCAGCCUCCAUUUUGCAUGAGCACAUACAGACAGAAAUGCAGUAAUUUUCAGAGAUUUGUGUGAACAUUCUCUCUGGAAGUAGUAUUUAUCUGGUUCUUCGCACUAACUGUGAGCCUCAGCUAUGCAUAUACAGUCACUACAGUUUCUGGUUUGUGCCAUUCUUACCUGGAUGCAUUUUGCUUUCUGCAUGUGCCAUCACUGAUGAUUUUGGAAGUGGGAGGGAUUGCGCACUAUUGCACAUCUUCAGCAUGAUGCUUUUAAGAGUAGCAGUGAUGAAAGGUAUGCUGCAGAUGGCCACGUCGAAAUUCAUAAAACCUGCAUCCCUGUCAUCCCUCUGAAGAGCACUAGGCAGUUGCUAAUCAGUAUGGACUGCGUUUUUUUUUCCUUCUCAGAAUAAAAACACUAAGGUAAUGGUAUUUUAGAGAGGGUAUAUCAAAAGCAGUGUGGGAAUAGCUGAGAAAGAGUUUGCUUGUGAAGAUCCUUCUUAACCUCUUAAAAUGCUCCUUAUACUUAUUUGGCACUUAAAUAGCUGACUGUGGCAUCCUUUGGCUGUCUUGCAGUAUUGAUAUUCCUAUGAUGAAUUCAUUUUGCCUUUACCAAGGUUUAGAUGUUCUCUGUUCAGCUUAAUUUGUCAUUUCUGCACCAGAUAUUAUAUGCUAAUAUUGCAAAUCAUUAAUUUAAUGCAUGUCUUCCUCCCAGCAGUGCCUAACUAGCAGAAGUAUUUGGGUUGCAGGACUCUCCAGUUUUAGUGUUCACAUCUAUGCCUUCGUUUGAUGUGACUUGGGCUUUAAAAGCAUGCUGCCGUAAACUAAUUAGGGAGUCGAGGAUGUUUGCCAGGCUUUUAUACCAUCAUUGUCGCACAGACAAUUUUGCCUACCCAGAAAUGUGAAGUUGUGGGCACCAUGUAGAUUAGCGGGAAAAGAAGUUUUAUAAAAGCAGGUUGUUUGACCUAUAAUAAUAUUUUUACACUGAGUUUUGUGCAUUGCUUUCCUUGUUCAAUGUUUUUAAAAAAUUGUUUUGAAAGCCUUUUUGCAACAGUAGCUUCAUGUUCUAAUUUUGGAUUUAUGAGAACUUUAGGAGCUGUCAGUGCUGCUUGCACAGUCAUGUUCGAUGACUGUGUGAGGAUAAGUUGCAUUCCAAGAGCAAGUUUUCAUCCAUGUAAUAUGUCAGUAGUGUUGUCUUGUUCACGCAGCCUUAGCUGGAGGUUUGUAUUUGACUGUUCUUAUAAAAUAAGCAUGCAAAACAAAACAAAAUUCAUCCACAACCAAUACAAUCAGUUAAAAACUUUAUCAUGCUAGUUCAGCACUUUAGCAAUCAGCUUAUUCAUGCCUGAGGCAGCUGAUGUGAAAGUGUUGCACUAGCGUAGUAACGUUUUUAACUUUGACCUUACUGGUUUCGGAGGAAUUUUAUUUUGUUUUACUUGCUGUUAAUUGUGUGAUUCCGUCUGGAUUUAUCUCCUGACUUUAUUUUAUUGCUUAUAUGAAAUACGCAUCUGAUGGUACAUGAUCAUUUUGCCUACCCAGAAAUGUGAAGUUGUGGGCACCAUGUAGGUUCUUUGUGUUAAGCAGUCACUUUUUAGAAAAUCAUCUGGCUUCCUUCAUAAUUUUGUGUCUAUGGGUUCUUUCAGACUGCUGAUUUGUCAUUCAGUUCCAAUGCAGCUAUAACAGGAGUUUUAAUCUGAGUAAUAUGUCUGGAAAUAUAUUUGAGUUGGAAUGGUUUUGUAGCAACAGCAUCCAUAAGAGAAGUAGCUCUUAAUUGGUACUAAUUGAUGGCAAACAUUUGAGUUUUUUGCCAUCCUUGAAUUAGCUAGAAAAAAUGAAAGAAGAACCACUGUUGUUCUUUUUAAGAUGUGAUCGCUCUGAAGAGUUUCUUUGAAUUUCCUUAUUCCAUUUUGAGUAUUAGUUUUUAGACUGCAGUGUCAAUGACCAGGUCUGUGGAGGCAUUCUUUGCUUUUGAAAUAACUGCAGUAUCAAUCACUGACUAUGCAUUUUGUUUUCUUUUAAUUGCAGCAUCAUUGACGGACUCACUGGAUGUUUUAAUUGUAUUAUUUUUUUGGCUUACUCAUGGGAUGCAAUAUUUUUUUAAUAACUCCAAGAUCAGUGACUGAUUUGCUUGAUGCAUUAAUUGCAUUUUUGUAUGCUGUCAAUAGUUCUACUUUUAAGUCUGACAUAAAAUAAGGCUGAUAUAUUGUUGAUUUGAAAAGGACCACAAAUGAAGGGUAAACUGACUUAAUUGAAUAGAAAUAGUUGUAUCAUUGUUAAAUACAUGUACAUAUGUUUGUGUGUUUGUAAUGGUCCUGGAAGGAGGUGGCAUAACAGCACCUUUUGCGUCUGUAGUCUCAUAAGGUUUACUGUGUGAAAGGAGAAUGGUGUUGUUUGUCCCAGUCUUUACCCAAUAGCUACUCUUAUAUUUUUAGCUCUAAUGUAAACUUAAAAGUUUUUUUCUUUUAUUCUAAUUGUGAUAGUUUGAAAAUGAGAAAACUGGUUCUGAAUUUAGCAGAAACCUAUUGCAAUGAAGCCACAGUUGCUUCUCUGAUGUCUUAAUUUACAGUAUACCGUUUAUGCUUGGAGACGUGCUUUCAUAGCCUACCUUCUCUUUAUGAUAAGAAGAGGCCUGCUCUGUACUAAAACACAGAAUGGUCACAGCAGUUUAGUGUGCAGCCGUAGCCUCCUGACCUGCUUUACCACCUUGACAGCCUCCAGCCAAUACAAUCUAGCAUUUUUCUUGCCAUCUUUUCUGUGGGAGUUGCACAGCUUGUAUUGUUACUUAAUCUUGAUGGAGGCCUACAUUAAUUUUGAAUUUUGCAACUUUACCUAGACUCUUCUUUUCUCCUUUACAUAUAUAUAAAACUGUUGUUGUGAUCUAGUUUAACUGAUUACUGAAAGUUUACAGUUUAGUUUGUUUUGUGGUUAACCAUAGGAAGUUUUGUGUGCAUUGCUUUUCUUGCUAACACUUUAAAGGUGUUCUUGCCCAAUGUCUCGCUCUUUCGUUUAUGGAUGGUGGUUUCCAGCACUGUCUAAAACAUCAGCAGCUGAAAUGGAGUACAAGGUCUAGGUCUUGUCAGUUGGCAUCAUCAUGGUACCAGGUCAGACCCACAUUUGCAGGGGAGCAAUAUACUUGGGCUUGAUGUUCAAAAGUAUUCCUAAUUGUGAACCCCACUAUCUCAAAGGAGGGUUUGCAUCACCAAAAAUACAGCUGUUAAAUGUGAUCCUGCUUUUAUGCUCUUUACUGUAAAUGGAGCUGGCUUGGUUAAGUGUUUUGAGUACGAGUCAAGUUCUUCUGAGUUUUAACAUAUGUUUUCCAAUUUUCUAGCCGGAGUAUUGAGAUCCUUUGAUCUCAGUAGGACUGUUUUAUCUUCUGGCUGCACUUGACAAUCCUCCUUGGUGGUAGUGGCUUUCUUAGUGAUCACAGAGCCUUUUUCAUUUUUGUUUCUGGUACUUUUUUGAUCUUAUUUAGUGGAAGAGAGUUUGGUGUUUGUUGGUGUGUAUGCUGCUCCACUAGUCCUUUUGAUAAUGUGCCCAGCUGUCAUGGAUAGUGUGAUAGUCAUGUAUGUAGUUAUACUUCAUCUUGUGCUUUUCAGUGGCCCAUCUUUUGCUGAUUAUUUGUUUGUAGCUGCAUUUGUCUAACUGCAGAUGUCUCCUAUAUGCUUUUGAUAAUCCUUCGAUUGUCAUCACUUAUAUCCUUGCCAGUUCUGCAGUUGUCGCCAUGUCUGCCCAAUGUGUUAGGGUUUUUGCAUUUCUCACUGUGUUGUCCAGUUCCUGCUACCCAUUCUGUUUCUCAUAUUAAUGACCAACUCCCAGCCACUGUCACACAGACUGAUCCGAAAAAGUGCUGUAAACACAGCCCCUUUAACAACUGAACAGUGUUUGUGCUUUGAGGAAAGCCGCCCUGAUUUUCUGUGCCCCUCUUUUACUUAAAUAUUCUAUGGUCUCACAACCAUAUUGAGGGGAGAAUCAUCUUGCAAGGACUAAUGUGCUGUCCACGCAAUUUGUGAUCUCAUAGGUUCAGGAGCGAAGUGACAGGGAGCAAGAGCUGACCACCUAGUAGGAGAACAGGUACCACAGUGAUGGGGUGCAUCUGGCUUUGCUAGUCUCAUGACUGCACCAUGCCUACAUCGAACCUGUAUUCCUACAGUUCUCAUUUUGUAUGUUUACUUUAGUUUGUCCCACAGUUGUGUCUUUUAUAUUUUUAGAAUAUGCUGUUUCCAAGUAUGUCCUCAGGUCAAACCAUUUUUUUGGUUCCACAUUUGCCGUAGCAUAUACCCCUGCUUUGCUGGGCCUGUUGUUUCUAUGCUUGCCCAGAUUUUGCUGGUCAUAUAGUUGUUUUUCCUGAGUGUACAUGCACAAAAUGUUGUUGCUGAUCACACUUGUCUGUGUGUAUAUAUGCCUAGUGUGUUGCUGAUCACACGUGUGUGGGUGUGUGUGUGUGGGCGUGUGUGUGUGUGUGUGUGUGUGUGUGUGUGUGUGUGUGUGUGUGUGCGUGCGUGCUAAUGUGGAUCACACUUGUUUGUGUAUAUAUGCCCACAAAGUUGCUGAUCAAACGUCUUUGUGCAUGCUAGUAUUCUUAGAUUUUUGGAUGUCAAACAGCUGUCAACAUUUCAACCUAAUAGUUGCCACAGUGUAGGAAUUGUAUUUGGUUUUACUUUUGUGUAUGCCAUCUGGCUUUUAUUUGUCACUGUACAUAUCCCCUUUCCUUCCAUGCUGGUUUUGAUUUUCAUGAUCACUUCUCACUGAUAACUGUUUGACACUUUUAUUUUGCACAUGGGAAAUGUGUGCUUGUUGCAGGCAGUCCCUUCUAUUGAUAUUAACCAACUAGCAGCUAUAUAGUUGGUGUUUGCAAUGAAUAUUUUCAAAAAAUAUGAACAUUUUAUAUUGCAUAUAAUUUUUUGCCUUUGAACUCUGUCCUUUCAAAGAAUGCAGUUGAGCUCAGGUCUUGAGCAUAGCCCCAAUUAUUUACAAUGCCAUGUAGUACAUCUGGGCUUAACAACCCUCUGGUUGAGUGUGUUCUAAUUAAAAUUAGUGUACUUGGCUAGAAAUAAAAUGAAAAUUAAUGAAGUCUGUGCAUUUCCUUGGCUUGCAUCUUGCCUCUUUUCCUUCUGUUUCUGCAUGCCUCAGUUUUUUUUUACUACAGUAUUAACAUGGUAAGUCUUGUGUUUUUUUAUUAUCAUCAUCAUCAUCAUCACCCUGAUGUUGCAGAAAACUAUGGAUUUGGUUACAAGAGUAUGACAAUUUCUUCAAAACCUCACCCCAUCAGUUUACCCCCCCCCCCCCAAUCCUGAUGUGACCACAGAGGUUAUUAUAUUAAGUGGAGCAGAGGAAGACGCAUCUCUCCGUUUAGAACAUCCAAGGCUCUCUUUUUUCCUGUUUUAUUUUCAGAGUUUCGUAGACGUUUGGUGUUGAUGAUAUAGCUCUUAAACUUGUAGUCCAUGUCUGGUUGUAACACAGGUCAGGUGUACAGGAUUUUUACAAACAGCGAAGUUUACAUUUUUUUCUCUUAGAUUGAGUAAAUGUUUCAUCUUGUGACCCCCCCCAAAAAAAAAAUAGAAAUCUUGCAGCAUGGUCAGGAGAGAGUUGUAUUCUGCCACCUUUUUGAGACUUCUGCCACAUCAAUAAUAAAGCUUUCAGGUCAGUUUGUACCUAUAUGGUAAAGCAGCCACUGUAUUUCCUGUCCACCAAAUUAAGAUAACCAUACCACAGGAAGUGAUCUUGGCAGCCCAAGUAACCUUACUGUCAUUGAGUAGGUAGGUAUUAAAAUGGCUUGUAAGUAACAUGGCAUUAUGUUUAAAACACACAACUGUAGUCUGCUUUUUUGUUGCUUUUGUUUAAUGUGUUUUGUUUUAAAACUGAAAGCUUCAAGCUCCUUGCUGGUUUAGAUGUCCAUGUUUAAUUUAUAAAAACAAUAAACAAUUUUUUAAGUGGAAA